AUGGCGGCGCCCAUGCUGUUUACUAUUUUUCUCGGCGUUAUUGUAAGAUUUUUCCUUUUUAACUCUUCGAUAUCGACUUGGUUGAAAGACAGAGUAGAAAUCUCAACACCUCUUACAUCAUGGAAGUCAGUGAUCGAAGGAAUAACACUGCUGCAAAAUGGAGUUUCUCCUUAUUCUGGUGAUGUCUUUCAUGAGACGCCACUUGUGCUGUACUUCUUCCACCAAGUGCUGUCUGCAGCUUCCUGGCUUGUUCCUGUGGUGUUUGUGUCAUUGGAUCUUGUUACAGCAUGGAUACUGUACAAGAGUGCAGGAAACUGCCUCAAGUAUCUUCUGGUGAAUCAGUCAAAGGAAAGCAAGAAAUAUGCAAAAGAUGUUGACAAACUACUCAUCAAAAGAUCAGAUGUGUUUGACUUGCCGAGGCUGGUUGUUUCUAUUUACCUGUUGAAUCCAUACACUAUAGUCACCUGUGUGGGACAGUCAACGCUGGUAGUCACACAUCUGGCAGUAGCUGCAGUCUUUUUUUUCACUUCAAAUGGGUACAGGGUUGCUGCCACGCUGGCCUUAGCAGCAGCAACAUAUCAAUCUCUCUACCCAGCUAUGAUGAUUGUGCCUUGUUGUAUGCAUUUGUUCAUCGUAAAGGAAGGAAUAGCAGCUUCCAAUAUAUCUUACUAUAGUUCAUCUGCUCUGCGCUCCCAUGCUACCAUAGCUGCUAUGUUUGUUGGUUGGCUGGGUUGCUUGCAUGGAAUAUCUUUCCUCAUGCUGGAUUCAUGGGACUACCUCAUUUCAACUUAUGGCUGUAUAUUGACCGUACCGAAUCUGACGCCAAACAUGGGACUCUUCUGGUAUUUCUUCACGGAGAUGUUUGAACACUUUCGUCAUUUCUUCUUGUGGGUUUAUCAAAUCAAUGUCUUCAUCUACACUGCACCGCUAGUAAUCAAGCUAUGGAAGCAUCCGUUGUUUGUGAUGUACAUUCAGUGUGCUAUUAUAGCUAUCUUCAAGUCCUAUCCAGCCUAUGGAGAUACGUCCGUCUACCUUGCCCUCCUACCUGUUUGGUAUCACUCAUUCAGCUAUCUUCGUAAUAGCUUGGUCGUCGGUGUGAUGUUCAUCUUGUCAUCCAUCUUGGCACCUAUUCUAUGGCAGCUUUGGAUCUACUCAGGGAGCGCCAAUGCCAAUUUCUUCUUUGCCUUCACCCUGGUGUACAACACUGCUCAGAUAUUUCUGCUGACUGAUGUGCUAUUUGCAUUCCUCAAGAGGGAGUUUGCUCUGGUUCAUGGCAUGAAACCAGUAGACAACAAUGGUAAACUAAAAGAAGUAGCCCUAAAGUGAACUGUGUUGCCUACAGCUUUUGAUAUGGUCUCAGGUAGCUGAUGGUUUGAUGUUGCACCUUGUAGACUUGAUGUGGAUAAGGAGCUAGUGCUCAACGAGGCAUGUAAAACAAAUAAAUUGGCUAUGCCUGUAAAUGUUUCCUGCAAUGUAGCCCUAUAUAGGACUCUUCCUCUGUGCACAGAUACAGAGUCCUAACUAUUAGGGCCUUUUUCUGGGGCGGACAAUUUUCAAAGCUUCAUAACUCAAAUCUUACUUGCAAGAAGCCACUUAUUUCAACAGAUUCACAUUCCAUGGUAGCAUACAUUAUUUCUGCGGUGGGUUUGGGUCGUCAUACAAUCCUCACAAAUCCACAAUUUUUUGUGAUAUAAUGCAGCUCCCAACAUAAAAAAAUUCCUGUUUUGAUCGUACUCUCACAGUGUUGUAUGCUGCUGUGCGUAUGCGUAUACAUUCGUGUCCAAGACGCAAGAUGAAAGACUCAUUUAAUUCUCGGUCACUAUCUCUAACUGACUGCACAGUGUUAACAGGCAAACGCAACGCAAGUCUGCGCCCUGUGCGUACGCACGGCAGACUGUGAGAAUACGAUCAUAAACGGGAAUUGUUUACACUGGGAGCUGCAUUAUUUCACGAAAAUGACGAAAUUUGUGAAGAAAAUAUAAAACCAAAACCCACCGCAGAUGGAAUGUGAAUCUCUUGAAAUUAGUGUCUUCUUGCAGGUAAGAUUUGAAAAUUGUCCGCCCCAGAAAUGUACCCUGAUAUCCAGGGCGUCACUGUAUACGAAAGUGUAAGGCUGCCAGGGCCACCUGCAAUGGUACUCUCAACUUAGUGUACACGUUUUUUUUGUAUAAAGUUACGGAUUUUCUUGUAAAGAGUUUGUAGUAUUUCUGACACAGUUUGUAUGAUAUUUGAAGAAAAAAAAUUGUGCAGUAGCAACUAACAGGGAAUGUGCUUUACCAAUAUUAGUUAUGGAAGUAUGAUAUGAUUAUUAUAGAAAGACUUGAUGACGUUUUUCAUCUAAAAAUUGUUUAAAGGUUUUGUCACAUGGGGCAAUUGUUUCGGAAAAGUUUCCGUAUGGCGCCACCACUUUUUCAUUCGAUAUGAAAUAAUAAAGUAUCUAAUUUACCUCAA